AUGAAAGAGAAUGAGAAAGAGACUGAAGACCUGAGUGAAGCAGAGGAGAAACCUCAUCAUAUCAAAUCUUUGAGUCACUCACAGACUGAGAACAUUUUUUCCCUGAAAAGAUCCAAAAAAUCUUUCACUUGCCUUCAGUGUGGGAAGAGUUUCAGACAUAAAGGACACCUUAAUGAUCACAUGAAAAUUCACACUGGAGAGAAACCACACACAUGUGAUCAGUGUGGAAAGAGUUUCAGACAUAAAAGAAACCUUAAUGAUCACAUGAAAAUCCACACUGGAGAAAAGCUGCACACAUGUCAUCAGUGCGGGAAGAGUUUCCCAUACAAACCGAGCCUUAAACUUCACAUGAGAUUUCAUAGUGGAGAGAAGCCUCACACAUGUGAUCAGUGUGGGAAGAGUUUCACACAGAAAGCACACCUUGAUUAUCACAUGAGAAUCCACACUGGAGAAAAGCCACACACGUGUGAUCAGUGCGGGAAGAGUUUUGCACAUGUUAGGUCUUUUAAAUCACAUGUGCUCUCUCAUUCUGGAGAAAGACCAUAUAACUGUGAUCAGUGUGGUAAAAACUUUUCUUGGGCAAAAUCCCUGAAGAACCACCUGAAAGUUCAUUCAGAGGUGAAGCCUCACCUGUGUUCUUUGUGUGGAAAGAGUUUUAGUCAGCUGGGUCUUUUAACACGACACCAGAAAAGACACAGCGGUGUGAAGAAUCAUUUGUGCUUUUAUUGUGGGAAGACCUUUAUUAGAGCUGAUGAAUUGAAACAGCACCAGAGGAUCCACACUGAAGAAAAACCUUACAAGUGUUCACACUGUGACAAGAGCUUCAAUCAGUCAGGAACCUUGAAAGCACACGAGAGAAUCCACACUGGAGAGAAGCUGUAUCACUGCCAUCCAUGUGGGAAGAGAUUCACUCAUUGUAAGUCUCUGCUGUGGAGAGAAGCCGUAUCACUGCCACCCAUGUUGGAAAAGUUUCACUCAUUGUAG